AUGGGCCAGCCUAUGGUAGAGACACUUCUGGUCGUCGGGGCCUUCGGGCUACUCUGGCUCUCGUAUGAGUAUCUUCGAACCGGUAGUCUCCUGCGGCCGCUGGCGAGCAAGGGGCGUAGAUUGCCUCCCGGUCCCCCAGGGCUCCCUAUCUUUGGCAACAUGUUUCGGUUCACGAGAGCGCGCGAUGCAGGACUAUGGGGCCCUUUCCUGGCUUCGUUACGACAGUAUGGUCCGAUGACCACCCUGCACAUGGGCUCCCAGACCUGGGUGGUGCUGAAUGACCCGCAGGUGGCUACUGAUAUUAUCAAUAAGCAUGGCAAGAUUACCAGCGAGCGGCCAGAGAUGCCCAUUGCUAGUGAUUUGGUCAGUCACGGCAUGCGCACCGUUAUUCGUCCCACUGCUGCGUGGACUGAGGGGAGACGAGUGAUGCACCAUCUGCUUAGUGGAUCGGUUCUGCGCAUAUACGGUAACUGGCAAGAGAUCGAGUCGCUCCAGAUGUUGUCUGCGUAUCUGCAGGAGCCCAAGCGCUGGUACGCACAUCACUAUCGCUACUCCAUUGCUGUGCUAUACCGUCUCGUCAUGGGCGAGGAUCUCUCCAAGACGCAAGCCGAGUUGAAUGACUAUCAGAAGGUCACGAUGGAGUUCACCUUGAGCUUGCUCAACAGCAUGGUCGACUUCUUUCCCCAGCUGGAUCGCUGGAUCCCCACUUGUCUGCAGUGGUGGCGGCCGUACUGGGCAAAAAUGGGCGACUUCCAUCAUCAGGUAUUCAAGUCGUGGUGGGACCCCAUUCGCGAGGCCGUGCGUCAGGGGACAGCCAACCCUGGCUUCGUGCGGGACACACUGCUCCAUCCGGACAUGCGUUACAAGGGCACAGAAGAGGAAGCCAUGUACCUUGCGACGUCGGUCAUUGCCGCCGGCAGCGACAAUACCCGCAUGACGCUCAACACUUUCAUCAUGGCGAUGAUCAGCCACCCGGAAACGAUGGCUCGUGCUCGCCAGGAGUUAGACGCCGUCUGUAUCAAUGAAGAUGGCACACUCAAACUCCCCGGCAUGGUGGACUUCGAGCGUCUGCCCUACUUGGCUGCCAUGGUCAAAGAGGUCCUUCGCUGGCGGCCCACUACACCCGUCACGCCGCAACACCAGCUGACGGCCGACCUCGACUAUGAAGGGUACCGUUUCCCGAAGGGAACAUGUUUUGUAGUCAAUGGGAUUGCCAUUAGCCAGACAUGUGAGAACCCAGAUCAGUUCGACCCGUCGCGAUGGCUGGACGGCAACGAGGGCAACAUCGUGCAUAAUCUCUGGGCGUUUGGUGGUGGGCGACGUAUCUGUGUCGGUUAUCGAGUUGCCCAGCAGGCAUUAUACGUGGCUAUGGCACGAAUCGUUUUCUGUUUUGAUUUAUGCGCGGAUGGCCCCAUCAAUACUCGGAAACUUAACCACUUUCACAUCCAUAACCAACCCUUUCCUGUUAAGGUGACGGUUCGUAGCCCCAAGCAUGAAUUGCUGAUCAAGGAAGAAGCAGAGAAAGUGGGGACAGCCUUUUAA